AUUUCUGUUUGUAGACAAAUCCGGAUCGAUUUCGAUUGUCGAUUGUGAAUAUGGAGUUAUCGACAUAAAUUCGAAAACUUAUUGGCGAUAGGUUAUCAACAUUCCCAAUGUGUAAUGUACGGUUCGGUGAUUAGAUUGGGUUUUCGAAAGCUUUGUAAAAUGGCUGAUGCAAAAUUAGCAGCGGUUCCAAGUGUAGAUAUUGAGGAAGGAGUUUUCAAGUAUGUAUUAAUAAAGGUAUACGGAAAGGAUGAGUCUUCACAUAAAAACAUUGUAAGAGGAUACGCAGAUUGUCAGUGGCAUUCCGAUAUCUACGAUCGAUCCAGCGAAUCCUGUAAGGGAUUAGGACUAGAAACAGAAUGUCUUGGCGGUGGUCGCAUUGAGCACAACCCGGAUUUGAAGUUAAUAAAAGUGUACGGCUAUUCACAGGGUUUUGGAAAGGCGGACCACGCAGAAACCAAAAAAAUAUUGCUCGAUAAGUUUCCACAAUAUGACAUUGAAAUAUCCGAUGAAGGUUAUUAAAUCUAUUUAGAUACCUACUUCAUCAUUAUGUUUAAAUUUUGAACUGAUAAGUAUAUAUGAACGUUAGUUAAAUAAAAAAAAAUGAAAUAUA